UAGAGGCAGACAGCGCGAGCGCGCACAGCACCACCGCGAGCCGGCAUAAUUUCAUACACAGCUACAGUAAUCUCUAAUGGGACUGUAUAUAAAGCGCGUAUACAGAUAUUAUUAAUCAUAAAUUAUGAAUAGUGCGUAAAGACAUGAACACCAAAAACAGAUCCCCACCACCGGACUAAUCAAUAACCAACAUCCUCCUCAUCAGGACCACCAGCUGUCUACCUGGACGCCCCCCAAAGUGCAUUUACAUCUCAAACAAGUGGAUUUCUCUUCAAUUUUCUACUCUGUCGUAUUCAGAAAUAGUGGAUGCGCGUGAAUCCGCCGUCCCGGACCUGUUUUGAAUUGCGCAUCGGCAUUAGUGGACUUCAUUGGGUUCGAGUCGGCGUCUCUGGAUACGGACACAAUGGAUCUUACACCGCUCGCGCUGCUCGUGUCGCUCAUCACAGCGUCUCUGUCUGCGGAUAACGCCGGCGGUAAAGCGAAGAGCUGCACCGAAGUACGAACGUUUUACAGCGGGAAGGGAUUCACGUUAAACGGAGUCCCGCAGUCCGAGAUAUCAGGGGAACAUCUGCGCAUCUGUCCACAGGGCUACACGUGCUGCACCAGCGCUAUGGAGGAGACGCUGUCGAACCUGAGCCGCAGAGAGUUUGAGGGGCUGGUCAGAGAGGCGGGACGCUCCAUACAGGCCUCACUUAAUGCCCAGUACAGAACUUUUGAUACAUACUUCCUUGAACUUCUCAACGGUUCUGAGCGAUGGUUGGAAGAGGCUUUCGUGGCAGCCCUGGGGGAUCUCUACCGACCUAACGCGGGUGUUUUCCGUGACCUGUACGCCGACCUGCGACGCUACUACAGCGGUGCAUCUCUGAACCUCGAGGAGAUCUUGGACGAGUUCUGGAUGAGGCUUCUGGAGCGUCUUUUGAAGGCAUCAGACCCCGAGACCGCCUCCCUCCUCUCCGAUGACUUCCUGGAGUGCGCCUCCAAGCAAACCGAGACCCUGCGUCCUUUCGGCGACGCCCCGCGCGAACUGAAAGCCAAGCUUGUUCGGGCCUUCAUCGCUGCUCGCGCUUUCGUUCAGGGCCUUAAUGCGGCUGGAGAGAUCGUAAGGAAAGUGUCGCAGGUUCCUCUAAGUGUGGAGUGCAAUCGUGCCAUUAUGAAACUGGUGUACUGCCCUCAUUGCAGAGGUCUUGGAUCAGUCAAACCUUGUGCCAACUACUGUAAAAACGUCAUGAAGGGCUGCCUGGCCAAUCAGGCUGACUUAGACACCGAGUGGCAAAGUCUUAUAGAAACCAUGCUACAGGUGGCCUCCAGUUUUGGUGCCGAGCCCAGCAUGGACACUGUGAUCUAUUCAAUUCCUGUGAGAAUCUCAGAAGCCGUUCUCGCUUUGCAAGAGAACAUGGAGAUCUAUACCAGCAAGGUUUUCAAGGCCUGUGGGGACCGCGGAGAGGAAGGCACACCGAGCUCAAUAUCCGAGGAGCCAAAAAAGAGAGGAAGUACGGUGACGGCCCUGGAAUACAAACCCAGUCCCAAAGCAGCAGCGCGACUGGAGGUCCAGGUCACAGACGUUUCCAGUAAACUCAAGGAAAUGCAGUUUUAUUGGGUUCAGUUGCCUUCGGCUCUCUGCAGCGGUAAAACAUCCAGCGGUGACAAAUGUUGGAAUGGAAUGACCAAAGCCAGUUAUCUCCCUGAGGUCAUGGGGGACGGGCUGGCCAAUCAGAUUAAUAACCCAGAGGUGGACAUUGACAUCACCAAGCCAGACAGGACCAUCCGUCAACAGAUCAUGCUGCUGAAGAUCAUGUCUAAUCGCCUGAGAAAUGCUCUUAAUGGAAACGACAUCGACUUUCAAGACACCAGUGAUGAUUUCAGUGGAUCUGGAAGUGGCAUGUGUGCGGAUCACAUGUGCGUCCGGGGCAGGCCGCCGGUCUUCGGGCCGAAAACAGACAAACCCAGACUCUUCGCUUCCCAACCUGAAAACAAAAGAGUUAAAGGCUCUGCGAACCCAAUCCAGCCAUCCAUCAUCUUACUGCUUCUGUUACUCGCAUGUCUGUUUCUCAGACGGUAAUGCAAGUAUUUCAGUGCAGCUGAUUCAAACUUUGGGAUCUGGUCAGGAAUUUUUGGAUAGGAUGGGGAUGAACACGGAAUGUUAAAAUAUGAGGAAAAAAAUGAAUAGGAAAAAUGAGAAAUGGUGAGCUGUUAAAAUUGCCAAAAGAAAAGGAACCUUGCGAGUAAAUGAACAUUUUAUUUCCUCUUGAAUGCAGAGGCAACCGUGAAACAAUUUUUUGUUUUGUUUUUUAUGUUUUGUAAUAUGUCAGACAUAAUUGCUGAUUGACAUUUCAGUUUUUUACCUUUGAAUGUAAAAAAAUGAACUAGAUAGGAAGAAUGGCGGUUUAGAUUUACAGUAUGAGGUUCUCAGCCACUGAAGCAAUUUAUACACAAUUCAUUGUUCAAGUCACCCAGUCAACAACCACACUUUCACCAGUCAAGUUUCAUUUCACCUUGCAUUUGUUACAUAAAUUCAUCUUUGCACAAAAGUCUGUUUUACCUUGAAUGUGCGCAUUACAAAACACUAAAGGAUUAGGUCAUAAAAAAGAAAAGCCUAAUCUAAUUUUUUAUAUUUGGGUAUAAUUCUUUCAUUCUGCUUUGAGAUCAUCUCUGAUAGGGCUGCACGAUAAAUCGCAUGCGAUAGUCGGCAGUAAAGCCCGUUCCUUAAUUAGUAGUAAAUCGCCAUCACCUGCUUUCAGAUGGAGUGCCAUUUACUACACAAACCCAUAGUUUACUGACAAGCUGGGCCAUACGCAGGCGAUGCGUCUGCGAUAAUUCAUGUCAAAUUUGGCCGGAUUGAUGAGAUGCGCAUGACAAUCAAAUGCGAUUUAUCGUGCAGCCCUAAUUUCUGAAAUUGUAAAAAAAUGACAAAAAAUAUGUUUCUGUACAAAAAUGUACAAAACGUUAACUUUAUGAAACUGUUGGCUGUGUUAUUGCUCAUAACGGCACAAAAUAUAUGAGAAUGUCACCGUUGGCAUACUGUACUGUACUUACACAGAAGCAUGUGUCAAUCUUCUUAAAUCAUUUGAUUUGCCUUGAAUGCAACUUCUUUAUUAGCCAAAGCCCAAUGAGAGCUGUUUACAGAAUGUACAUUUAAUAAACAUCUUUUGCAAACAUCAGUCACUUUUAAUGAAAGUGCGUAGGGCACUGCGACAACUUCACGAUUUUGAUUUCACAGCAAUAUCACAUGUGGCAUUGACACUUUAACCGUGGGUUCACACCAGCCUGUUUGAGGCGUCAAAUUCGCGUCUACCGCGUCUAGUUUGCCGCUUGAACAUUUUGAGUUUACUCACUUCAUUCGCGCAUGAAAGCCGCGCACGAAAUUCUAGUCAUCGAGACAUUUACGGGGAAAUUCGAGUCAUGGGAGGGGCUUCUGCGACUCUGCUCGCUUUCUGUAAUCACGUCACUACCAGAGCAAGCUCCUGAUUGGUUAACGCGGCGCGUUUUUCUACCACAGUUCAAAUUUUUCAACUCGCACGUUUGCUCAAAUCGUGCCAUUCGCGCGAAUUAGAUGGGCGAAUGAGGCGAAAUCGAGUCUACCACACUAAACGCCUAAUUCGCGCCGCGAGACCUCCAGACGCGUGUCAACGCGUCUUUAUAUUGACUUAACAUUGAAAUCACUCGCGCCUGACGCCUCUACUGCUGCUGGUCUGAACGCAACAUAAGACCAUUUCAAGAAAUCGAUUCGUAAGCUGAAUGAUUAUUGACUAUUUGUGAGUAUUUUCUGAAAUUCAACUCAGCUUAAACCAUGAAAAAUGUUUUAGUAUUGGCAUCUAAAGCCCAGAGUAUAGUCCGUUUCUAUACGUUCUAUUCACAGCCUGGCAAAGCAUAGUUUAUUUGACUAGUACGUGUACAUAGACGCUCGACGCAUGCGUAUUGCGACAAAAUGCAAUUGCAUCUCCUGGGCUACAGACUAGAUUCUCCUGUAGGCGCAUGCGCGAGCCACACGUACAAAAAGUACUGUAUGUGCGGUUACAAAAAUGUAGCACUGCGCGUACAAUGCGUGCGUACUAUUCUGAUGAUAAAAAUUGCGACCUUGGCAUACAAAUUAUGUAUGGUUUCAAAAAUCCGGCAGUGCGCACAUUGCACGCAUACUUUUCUGAUGACAAAAUUUGCGACCAUCGUGUAUGCGUAAAAAUGGACCAUACUUCGGCCUUAAGUCCCUAACAGUUGUAUUGAAACAUGUUAAAUACGUUUACGUUUCGUCUGAUGCUUGUUUUUUACAUUUUUCUUGAUGCACAGCUGCAGUUGAAUACAUAAGGGCCUGGUUUUGUCAUACAGGUACGAUAUGUGAAACAAAAAUGUCAAACGUUGUGGAAUGUAAACCCAGUGAAGAAUGUACGAUACAGUGGAUUCUAUCACAGGAGGGCUGGUUUUUGUAAUCGGUUGUCCAGUAUAAAUCAAUUAAAGCACAUUGUAUAGUCUUAGUUGAACGCAUGAAUCGUCGAACGGACAUUUGAAAGGCAAAAGCGCAACUUUAAUGCGUUUCAUACAGUGUAUGUCAUUGGAAGAUUGAAAACGUACUCAUUUGAGCACGUUUUCGAAUGAUGCCGAGAUGUGUGUAUUGAAAAUUUUUAUUUGUUAUAUUUCAGCACUAGUACUUUGAGUUUGUUUGGAUUUGUACAUUUUGUCUGUUUUACGUAAAUAAACAUGCACAGUUGUUCAAACAAA